CAGGGGCGCCCGACGCCCCGCAAACUCAGAUCCUCCGAGGAGCCCCGACCCUGACCGGGAACCCCGAUCCCCAAAAAGCCCCGAGCCACCGUCCGCUCGGUGUCACUAUUGGCACCGGCCAGACAGCGAGGGGUCAGCUUGGGUGACUUAGGCUGCUCUGCGCGCCGCCCUGCACCCCUCUCAGCACCUGUGGGCCCAAGUAACGGUAGCCUGCGCCCCACUCUUGUCGGUGUGAACCUGCUCCGUCCUGCCGCCUCCAGUGCGUCAGCACAGGCUAGCGGGGUCCUGUCCUGGGAGGAGGAAGCCAGACCACCGAGUGAAGCCGGCGAGAAACAGCCGUGCCUUUGCAGUCUUUAAAGGACAAAGAAGACAAUCCUGUUAACGACCCGAAGCGAGAACCUUCCAUUAGUCUUCUUGGACCGUUAUUUUACAUUUAUUUAUUUUUGAGAGACAGAGUGAGGCAAAGUGAGCGUGGGGGAGGGGCAGAGAGAGAGGGAGACACAGAAUCCGAAUCAGCCUCCAGGCUCUGAGCGGUCCGCGCGGAGCCCGACGCGGGGCUCGAACUCACGAACCGCAGGAUCGUGACCUGAGCCGAAGUCGGACGCUCAGCCGACUGAGCCAGCCAGGCGCCUCUGGACUGUUAUUUUAGCAUGGCUUUUUGGUUUUGGGGCUUCGUGGUGUGUGGAGUGGGUUUUACCAGGCAGGACGUGGUGGCGGAUUCAACAGUUUGGUACGAAUCCAGCCUCAUAUGCACGAAAAGGCACAGUUGACCCAGCCCUUUUGCUCAGAGAUGGCCCUGGCCCCGACCGUCCUUCUUGUGCCUCCCGGGAGAGUGGAGAGCUGGCGACACAGCUACCCACCUGCGGUUCUUCAGCCCCUUUGCUCCUACCGAGCGGGUGACUGAGCAGGUGACUGAGCAGGUGCUUGGUGUUUGUGCGCGAUGGCGGGAAAUGGCCGCCGGAGGGACCGCAUUGGCCACGACUCCGGAGUGAAGACGGCAGAAUAUGAAGUGGCUGAUGACGAAGACCGCAGAAGUUAUGGACUGUCCAUCUUAGACACGUUCUUCAGUGCUGCUGAGAGGGAAAGAUCUAAAAAGGUGGACAACACAAAAUCGGCAGCCCCUUUACCAGAAAUACCUUCACGUGUUUUGAAAGAAUGUAGGUUGAGACUGAAGGAGAACCCCUCCAAGGACGUCUUUGAGGAGUGCACCAGAUUUGUUCGUAACUAUUUAAGUGGAGAACCAUUUGAAGAAUAUCAAGAAAGUUCAUAUUUUUCUCGAUUUCUACAGUGGAAGUGGCUGGAAAGGCAACCAAUAACAAAGGACACAUUUAGACAUUACAGAGUUCUAGGAAAAGGCGGAUUUGGGGAGGUCUGUGCCUGUCAAGUGCGAGCUACAGGAAAAAUGUACGCCUGUAAGAAGCUAGCAAAGAAAAGAAUAAAGAGGAGGAAAGGUGAAGCAAUGGCUCUAAAUGAGAAGAGGAUGCUGGAAAAAGUGAAUAGCAGAUUUGUAGUUAGUUUGUCUUAUACUUACGAGACCAAAGACUCCUUGUACUUGGUGCUGACCAUUAUGAAUGGAGGGGACUUAAAGUAUCACAUUUACAACCUGGGCAGCCCUGGCUUUGAUGAGCAGAGAGCGAUCUUCUAUGCGGCCGAACUGUGCUGUGGCUUGGAGGACUUACAGAAAGAAAGAAUUGUGUACAGAGACUUAAAGCCUGAGAAUAUCCUCCUCGAUGACAUUGGGCACAUCCGGAUCUCAGACCUGGGUUUAGCCGUGGAGGUCCCGGAGGGCCGGACCGUCCGAGGAAGAGUGGGGACCGUCGGCUACAUGGCUCCUGAAGUUAUCAAUAAUGAAAACUAUACAUUCAGUCCUGAUUGGUGGGGACUUGGCUGCCUGAUAUAUGAAAUGAUUCAGGGACAUUCUCCAUUCAAAAAGUUCAAAGAGAAGGUCAAGCGACAGGAAGUCGAGCGCAGAGUGAAGAAGGACACAGAGGAGUACUCCAGGAAGUUUUCCGAGGACGCCAAGUCCGUCUGCAGGAUGUCUCCGUGCCAGGCUGGCGCCACACGUCCUGCCCUUGCCCGGGAAACGACGCGACUGGGCUUCAGCCAACGGGAGCAAAGCAAAGCAGAGCAGUCAUUGUUUGCUUUCUCCAAAGACGCACCUGACAGGGAAGGUGGGGCCAAGGUCAUCAUUUCCUGCAAAAGUAAAGACAAAGCAGCAUCUUCGUUACUCACCAAGAAUCCCAGACAACGGCUGGGCUUCAGCGGUGGAGCAGCGGAAGUGAAGGGACACCCCGUGUUCAAGGACAUUAACUUCAAGAAGCUGGAAGCAAAUAUGUUGGAUCCCCCUUUCUGUCCUGAUCCGAAGGCAGUGUAUUGUAAGGGUGUCGUGGAUAUCGACCAGUUCUCCACGGUGAGGGGAGUCUACCUGGACACCACAGAUGAGACUUUCUACAGCCAAUUUGCCACAGGCUCUGUCUCCAUCUCCUGGCAGAACGAGAUGAUCGAAUCGGGUUGUUUUAAGGACAUCAACGAAAGUGACACUGGAGAAUAUGUGGAUGUACAAGCGACACUGUGCCACCCAGUUCCCAAACCGAAGAGAGGCUUCUUCUAUAGACUCCUCAGAAGAGGGGGCUGCAUUAACGGUGUCCCCAGCGACAAGGAAGAGCUGCCCUCCGUGGUGCGACCACUCACUGCAGAGCCGGGCCCCAGCGCCCAGGAGCACGAGCGCGGUGUUUGACCCCAUCUGUGAACAGCAAUAAACACGUGACACCUCGUAAGAUGAGA